CUGCAGGCGGACCUGCGCGAGCUGAAGCUGAGCGUGGCAACGUUUGGCACCAAGUUUGACGUCGUCCUGGUGGAUCCACCCUGGGAGGAGUACGCCCGCCGCGCGCCCGGCAUCGACGUUCCCUCCUGGCCCUGGCAGGACAUAAUGAAGCUGGAGAUCGAGGCCAUCGUCGACGUUCCCUCCUUCGUCUUCCUCUGGUGCGGCAGCGCGGAGGGGCUGGACGCCGGGCGGCACUGCCUGAAGAAGUGGGGCUUCAGACGCUGCGAGGACAUCUGCUGGAUCAAGACCAACGCGCAGGCCGCGCGGAAGGUGGCCGCCCGACAGGACGCGCACGCCGUCUUACAGCACACCAAGGUGGUUACCCACGCUGUCUGA